CCUCCUCGUUUUUGAAGCUUUUUAACUUAGUCAAGUCAAAUAAGGUGGCUGCACCAGCUUGGAAUAUGAGCUAUAUAUAUCCAACAAAUCUUGUUUCAUUUCAUCCAUCUUAUAUUGCAGUUAUAUCCAACAAAUCUUGUUUCAUUUCAUCUAUCUUAUAUUGCAGUUAUAUCAAAAUCCAAAACCAUAGCUGCUUCUUCUUCAUCCAAAGCCGUUUUAACUUUCGUUCUCUGCAUUUUGUUUAUCAUCGCUUCCUCCUUUACCCUGCCAGCGCAAGGAAAUUCCUUUGGGCGAGAAUUAAAGCUUUGGGAGGACGUCCAUGGAAGAAGACUGGAGGAGAUUCUUUUGGGCGAGGAUUAAAGGCUUUGGGAGGACGUCCAUGGAAGAAGGCUGAAGGUGGUGCCCAACCAUAAACACUGAUAACCUACUCAGCUCUUAAUACUUAAAUAAAAUGGAUUAGGCACAUAUGUUGCUUAGUCACUUGCUGUCAUAAUAGUGGGAUUGUCCCUGUUGUAAACUGGACAUGGAUGUACUUUAUAUUAUAAUAUAAUGAUAUUUUAUUAUUA